AUGAACUCGGCUGGUGUGUCCAUUGGCUGCUCAUCUUCGUCGUGGUAUCUCGUGAAUCCGUCUCCCAUGUCGUCGUCGUCCUUCGUGAGCCCAAUUUUGGAGUCUAGUGUCCGCAGCGAGGAUUUGGACUUGUUGUUCGAAGUAAGGGAGUUCAGGCUGGUAUUGGUCAGCGGUUCUCUUUGGAGGUCCACCAUCGAGACAUCCUUGAGGUUCGAGGCCAGCUCGUCGUACACUGACGACGAAUUAAUUGAAUUGUUGGAGUUUGUGGAGACGUUAGACAUUUCCGUGCCCGGUGGGCCAACGGAAGAGUUGCUCAUAGUGAUCGAAUUUUAA